AUGAUUUUACGAUUAAAAAAGGUUUUUUAUUUGAUUCUUCUUUUUGUUAUUCUAGUAGUUGCUCAGGACGGGCGCUCCGAUCAGAAAUGCAAGGUUUUUUGAACUUCCGCUUGAGAAAAAAAAAAGCAAAAUUAUUCAGAAAAUAAACAAGUUUGGUUGGAAAGAAGUGACGAAUCAAACGCUUCACGACGCCUGUGCCAAGAACAUUUUGACGAGUCUUUGUAAUACUGGGCUUUUAAAAUGCGAAAGAAGAAAAAUGUUGCUCCGGUUUGAAUUUUUUUCGCUGAAAAUUUAAAUUUUCAAAAAAAUAUUCGAGAACUUGUCCCUUUCUUUUUUUGAAAUAUUUUUUUGAGGCCGAGAGUCUUUUCUAGUGUUAUUUUUUUCGUAACUAGGGACCUUUUUUUUUUUACAUAAUCCCGUAAUAGAUCUGUUUUCGAGUUUUGAAGCUUCAAAGCAAAGUCCGCAAAAUACGCAAAUUAUCAAAAAAAAACUUUUCCUAGGGGAUCUUUAGCGGCAAACCAAGAAAUCUACUUUAGAUAGACUGUAACAAUGGAAUGUCGUAUGUCCUUUGAUUUUGAAUUAGAAAAAAAUUGAACUUUAAAAAUUUUUUUGAACGAAAAAAACUUUUCCAGGGUUUUGUGCAGACGGUUCUCCAGGUAGCUUGACAAAGUCAGGCUCAAAUUGUUCCAAAAAAACUCCGAUUGUGUUCUCAAAGCUCAAAAAGACAAGUUUCUGAUGUUAGUUGGUUUUUCUGAUUUUAAAAUUGUCCUUCAAAUGGCCAGAGCUUCAUGGCUUUAUGUUCUAUCUAAAAAAAUUGACGACUUUUUUUAAAUUUCAUUUUUUUCUGCAAGAAUUGAUAACCUCUUCAUACUUUAGAGGAUCAAGCUUCGAGAAAUAAAUAAAUAUUUUUUUCAGAUCCCGUUGCAUCGGUGGUUCGUUCUGUUGUUAUGGUGAGAAAGAGAGAAUAGAACUUCAUCAUUUCAAAUUUCAGAGCACUCGACGUGCUCCACCGGAAUGGCCGCCAUCCAACCGAUUCUGGACGAAUUUGGCGAAGAAACUUGCCCCCAAAGGGCAUAUAUGGAGACAGAUCUUCAAGGGAGCGUCUGCUGUCGUUCGUUUUUCUCGUAUUCAUGCUUUUAUAAAAAGAAAAACGCCUCAUGAAGAAGAGCGAAGAACAAAUAAUGAGAGAGUCAAGAAAAAAACGUCCGAAAAAAAUUUUUUUUUUGUAAAAGGAAAAGCUGAAAGACAGACAGAGCUGGCGUUUUUGAAGCAAUUCGAAGAAAAACUCGAAUACCAGAACUUUUAUAGAAGUUAUUGCACAGAAAGGAAAUAUAUUGGAGAGAAAUGAGAGUACAAUUCCAUGUAGACUGGCCGGAGCGAUUUUUUAAAAUUGCACCCGACCGUUUCGACCCAGAUGAAGAUCAUCCUCGCUCUUUAAAGUUAGAAAACGGUCUUCAUCUGUGUCUCUGGUCCUUCUUCCAAGGGCUUUUCAUCUCAAAAUUUGAAAAAAUACACUCUCCAAAAAAAACUCGAGCUUUCAGCCAAGCCAAUCUCCUACACGUUGUCUUGGCUCUCGGACCAGGUGGAUGAACUGCUGCCAGUCGGAUUCGUGCACGCGACCGGCUACUUUCCUCUCUCGACCAAAAGCUGCAGCAACCACGACGACUGCAGCCCCGACGAGUACUGCGAGGCCGCCGCCAACGAGUUCAACACCGCGAAUCGUUUCUUCGACAACAGCGACUCUGACGGGAAUCCUCUCCAGUUCUGCUAUAAAUGUGAGAAUCGAGGAGGAGUUUUGAAACUUGAAGAACUUCUCUUUUUUUUUAGAAACGUGUCAGAAGACUUGGGGACUUUCCAGUAGGGAACCCUUAAUAUUCGUAUGACGUAAUGUGACUAGAAACUUACAGAACUGUGUAGAAACUCUAGCGGCGUAGCUCAACAGGUUGUGUUCCUGUCUACGGUCCACAGGGUCACAAGUUCGAUCCCCGCUGAUACUCAUCAAAGGGGUUUGAGUAAUGUUGAGAGGGAAACCACGACUUCACAAUGCUCAAGCCGUAAAAAGGGAUGAGAAGAAAUAUAGAACAUUCUAGAAUCAGGCCUAAUAAAACCAUUGUGCUCCAACCCUCAUUUCAGAAGUUCAAAAAUUUCAACUCUGUCCAUAAGGGUGCCUUUUUUUAAAUUAGAAAACUUGAAUUUAGUGUUGACGCCUUGGGGUCAGGUACAACGGCAACGGAACCUCGGACUCCAGAGUUGCCAUUCUUUCGAAGACUGCAAAGAUUCCUCGUACUGCUACAAGUCGACCGGAAGGAGUCGAAGACCUACUUUACUCGGCGACGGCGUUUGUUUUAAGGGUUCGUUGGUUUAGAUUCUAGAUUUGCCUUCAUCUGAAACUUAGAUGUACCUUUUUGAAAUAGGAAUUUGAUAUUCUCUAUUCAAUAAAAUUCAUUGCCUGAACGCUUUUCCUUGUGAUUUCUUUUUCCAGCGAAUUGUUCUUUAUGGAACAAAACGAGCCCAGCCGACACGACAGUGAACGACGUUCAGUGCAAAGAAAACUCAGAAUGCCUAAAAUCUGGGCCUUUUCGAGACCAAAAAUCUGCUCCUUUGGAAAACUUUUAUCUGUAAGGUUCUUUUUCUUUUCUGAUACACUCCGUUUUCCGCGACUUGAACUUUUCUACCAGUCUGCGUCUCUCUUUUCUCUCAAUGUCGAGGUCAGAGGAACAUGAAAAUAGAACGUCAACAGGAGAGAGACGUCGAGAGAGGAGGAGGGCGCAGAGAAGUCCUUUCAAGUCGCAGAAAAUGGACUUUUCGAUGCUUUCUCCUUUUCAGAAGGAAAUGUGUCAAUGUCGGCACGUUCAAGUCUAGAACUUUGAAUCUUUGCUGCUAUGGUGAGACCAAAUCCAGAGACUUCAAAUAAAUCAACUUUUCAAGACAAACUGGAUGAGGACAUUUGUAAGGAAGAUCAGAUAAUCGAACUUACAAGCGAUGGGAGCGAUUUUCUGAAGUGCCUUGAUCCUCCGGAAAAGGAGGGUAAGAAAGUUGAUCCUGUCGAGGUAAGGCUAGAAAAAAGGUACUCCAUUUUUCGCGACUAGAAACUGCUGUUUUUCUCUGCGCCUCCUCGUCUCUCGGCGACCCUCUCCUGUUCUCGUGCUAUUUUUAUGUGUCUCUGUCCUGGGCGGUGAGAGAACAGGGAGACGCAGACAGGUGAAAACCGUCAAGUCGCGGCGAACCGGAUAUACUUAUAAUAAUUAUUUUUUGAUUCGUUUUUUCGCGAAACGCCUUGGAAUUUUUUUGGAUCGCUUUUUCCUGACUGCGUUUUUGCGAUAUAUUUAUGAUACUAAUCUAAUUCUUGCGCCCGACUUUUUCCUGCUUCAUGCUGCCUCAGUUUGAAACAAAAAUCAUAGUUUAACCUAAUCAUUAAAUGCAUCUACAGAGAAUAAGUUCAAAAAAAUAAUCAUACCUUUCAGGAAAAAAAUUACGAUAGUGUUACUGAUUGGAGUUGGAAUUUUCUUGGCGGCUGCUUUGAUUUCUUUGAUUCUUCUUCUAUUUUUCAUGAAAGAACCCAAAAAUCGAAAAAAGAAGAAAGUCAAAAAGAAAGUUUCACCUCCACCAGGUUAGCUUCACCCUAAUUCAUCAACCUCCCUAUUCAUUGAAAUUUUAGAAGUCAAAAUUCCUGUCAAAGAAAAAUCCCAAGAUUUCUGA